AUGUUAGCUGAAUUCAACAAACAUUUUUCCAAUGCUUAUAAACAAACUCGUACUCAUCUUUUGAAUAAAGUCGAUCCACUAAUCAUUUUUAAUGGUGACUAUUUAACAUUGUUUCAUCGUGGAAAACAAACGCGAACUCAACUGAUUCUACCAUUAUAUGAUGAUCUAAAGGCCAUAUCACAUAUUCCAUUUACAAUCUAUCUUCGUCUAUUCAAUAUUCUAUUUGAUAAUAAACAAUGUAUUUCAUCAAAUCAAACGGAAGAAUUUCAAAUAUAUUUAAAUGAAAUCGAUAAUAUUCGACAAUCAUUAGAUUUUCCAUCAUCGUCGGCCGAUAAUAUUUUACAAACACAAGAGGCUAUUAUCGAUUUAUCUAUUGACUAUCUUCAUUCAAUAAUCAAAUCGAAACAAUUGAAUGAAAUUGAAUUAAAACAAUUUUGUCAAAAAGCUAGUCAACUUUUUACAAUUAAUUUUAAGCGAGCUGCUCGUCUUUCACUUGACCUUCUUCAUUCAAUUGUACAAAAUUGGUAUACAAAAUUAUUCAAUGAAACCGAACGACAAUCGGUUAAAAUACUUAUUUUAGGACCAAAAGCAGCACGUAAUGGUUUCAUAGCUAAACUCUAUUUUUAUAAAUUACUCCAUGUUGAACAAGAAGGUGAACGAAUUGUAUAUGUGGAAAGUGUAUACGACGAACAACAAGCAUUGGCCAUAUUUGGUUCAUGGUUACUUGAUGCUGAAGCGGGCGAUAUGUUUUUUAAUGAUCGUUCACAACUACAUCGCGAUCUUAUGAUGGAUGCAGCAAAUCUAUAUAUUACAAAAUUGUUUCAACAGCAGAAAAACUAG